UGAAUUUUCAAUUUUUCUUCCUCUGGUCUGCUUAAUUUUCAAUUUAAAUCUUUAACUGUGGAACAGUGCGUCCGGGGUCGGCGCAGGAAUUUUUCCAGCUCUUAACGCCGAACCCUUACCCACAAAAAUCCUUUCGCUCCUGUUGCCGCCUCCGCCUCCGCCUCCGCCUCCGCCUCCGCCUCUUUCCCCGACCAUCGUCUAGCCCUAGUCGUCGCCCGAUAGAGAUCGGAGCAGCGGAAAGUUUUGGGCCCCGUCUCGGAAGCCGCCGCUCGCCCCUGCUGCCGGUAUCUCCGUCGUCGUGCCGCCAACGGUCCACAAUAGCAAGCACGAUUAGAACUUCCAUUUAGAGCCAAGCUAGUGUCUCAGCAAGCCUAGCUCGUAUGGGGCGUGACAAUGUUUCUCCCUGGCAUCAGGCUUCAAACAACCAGUCAAGCAUAGGCGCAUAAGUUUGCCAAUUUUGAUAUGGAUCUGGCUUCAUUCAAAUUGGAUGUUGAUGAGCUUUUGGACAAGUUUACUGAUGGAAACUAUACCACAUUGGCUGAUAUGAAGAGAUUGUGGAUGUCUAAGAGAUUUUCUUACAUCUUUGAAGCAAAACCUAGUUCCAAAGAGGGCUUAUUUAUGCAAUCUCUAUACUCCUAUUCAAUUAGGCAUAUGGUUUCAGUAGGUGCGUUUUCAAGGAGAUUGGGUGGGCUUUACUGCCUUUACUGCCUCUAUGAGACUCAACCAUAUCAUCCAUAUUUCAAAAUUUAUCUUUCUCUUGAUGAGUUAAAGAGUCUCAAAAUGCUUGUUGUUGAUGCCAAAACUAUGGGGAUUGGUGUUGUUCCUGCACUGGUGAAGAGAAUGCUUGAUAAGGACACAUUUUUGUUUGGUUCAGUUGAUAAUGUUGGUGGGUACCAAAUAGUUGAUGAAGCAAUUAAGGUUGAGAACAAGUGUGUUCAAAUAGCAUAUGAAAGAUUAAUGGAAAAUACCGAGAUUGACCACUAUCUGCAAAUGGACCUUGGAAGAGAAUUGGAAUUUGACACGCUAAAGAAGAUGUCAGAAGAAAAUGCUGAAGCUAAGGAAUUGGCUUUAUCAGCUUACGACUUGGCCACUGGAGACGAUGCGAAGGACAUUGCGGACGACAAGAACUUAAUAGGGGACAAGCUCGAUGACAUUGUGAAACAGUGGGAUGCAGAAAAGGAGGCAUUUUGUGAGCAGACUGGUAUCAGUCUCUGCAACGAGUCAGUGGUGACCGAUGACUUCGCCGAGAUAGAACUCCUCCUGAACGAGUAAUGGCAUUGAUACCAACUCACUGAAACAACGUCCCAUGCUGCUGCAAGAGCGUUCGUGGAUCUGUGCAUUUGGCAAAUGCCGUAUCAAGUCUUACAUGCUGUAGUAUUUUACGGGGGUCACCCUAUGCAUCACAUCUUAAACCUUCAAUUAAUUGAUCAGGUUAACACUAAA